CUCAUACGGUACUGGAUCUCAGAGUGUGCUCAGCAUCCGACAUGCGCUCCCCCCUCCUACUCUACUAGACUGCCCACCCGUCUUCUCGACAUUCUGGCAGGCGAUGGUGGUUGUAUCAAGUUGUAUGAGACACACGAGGACGACAAAGAUAUGUACAUCGCUCUCAGUCACUGCUGGGGCCCCAAAGGUCUCCCAGACGAGGCCAAGACAACGAAUGCCACCAAGGAGGACCGCAAGCGAGGGAUUCGGAUCGAAGACCUCCCCAAAUCUUUCCAAGACGCCAUCACAAUAUGCCGCGCGCUCGGCGUACGGUACCUGUGGAUUGACUCGCUAUGCAUCAUCCAACAAGACAAGGAUGACUGGGAGAAGGAGUGCUCUCGCAUGAGAGACGUGUACAAAAACUCGUACUUGACAAUAUCUGUCGCCCGCUCGCGUGAAAGUUCCGAAGGGUGUUUCUCAUCACGC